AUGACCAACCAAUCAGAUUCAUUUGAAGUAAUACUUGUCGGGUUUCCUGGGCUUCCUCAGCAUUUGCACGGCUUGGUAUCCGCUAUGAUGUUCCUCAUCUAUAUGACAUCCCUGGCGGCCAAUGGUAGCGUCAUAGGUUUGGUCACACUCAACCCGCGCUUACACCAACCCAUGUAUCUGCUCAUAGCCAACCUCGCCGCCUCCGAUGUCCUCUUUGACACAAUCACUUUGCCCAAACUGAUCGCUCGCUAUUGGUUUGGAUCUUCUACCAUAGCGUUUAAGGUCUGCGUCUUCCAGAUGUUCUGGAUCCAUCAUCUCGGCAGCCUCGAUUCCUUCCUUCUCCUCCUGAUGGCCAUAGAUCGUUAUGUCGCCAUUUCUCAACCCCUGAGGUACGGCGCAAUUAUCAACAACAGGACAGUCAUCAUUGCGUGUGGGUUCUGCUGGGUAUUCUUGGCACCUUCUACCAAAAUCUUUCAUGCUAUCGAGGCUUUCAAAAUAGCCCUCUGUGAGGUCAACAACAAGAUAAACACUUUGUACUGCAGCCAUGCGGCAAUCGCAGCUCUGUCGUGUGGUGACGCAGCCCACAUGAAACAGGUCGCCUUUAUAAGUGCCAUGGUUGUGUUGUUGGUUCCUCUAUCUUUAAUUCUGUUCUCUUACAUCAUGAUCAUAACGGUGAUCGCCAGGUCGAAAAGUUCCGCCAACUGGCAGAAAGCAUUCUACACCUGCGGCACCCACCUCUUCCUCGUUGCCUUGUAUUACGUCCUUCGAAUCUUCGUCUACAUCGUCACUAACAUUCCAGUAAUCGUCAUCAAGGCCGAUGUCAACGCGGUGCUUCUGUUCCUUUACUCCAUCGCCCCCCAUGUGGGAAGUCCCUUCGUUUAUUUUUUAAGAACAAAGGAAAUCCGGCAAACUGUGAGAAAAGUUUUUCAGAAGUUGAAAGUUGUCAUUUCGGUUUUCUGA